UGUAGUAGCGGUAUUGCUGCAUAUGAACUGCAGGGGUGUACGAUUUGUUCAUUUGCACUAACGUUAUGUAUCGUGUACAUGGCUGUGGGGCGACUUGUACCUACUACAGGCUGCAAAACCUAAUGCAUUACUGGCGUGGCUAGAUAUUACAUUACAGCAAGCUCUUCGGGUUUAGGAGUGUUAUGGCAUUUGUCAUGCGAGCAGCACAGCGUGCACGAACGUGUGUGACCCUACCAAUAUGGCUACAGGUUGCUUCAUCAACCUGUGACGCUUCGGUCCCAAAGUCCAGAACACUCAUUCAGCCAAUGGAGAAGGUGGAGGAGGAGGAGAGGAACCUCGUGGAUGGGGGCAGCCCGAAGGCUGAGGGGGGCGAGCAGGCCACCACGAGACCUCGGGACGGGUCUGCCCAAGAGUCUCGGAAAAGCAGCUCCUCCCGUUCCUCCCGCAAAAGCUUCCGCCUGGACUACCGGCUGGAGGAGGACGUCACCAAGUCCAGGCGGGACAAGCACGGGCGCUUCAUCAACCCCUGGCCAACGUGGAAAUUCCCCUCAUAUGCCACUUUCUUCAGGUUCUUCGUGCUGGAGAAAAACAACAGCCAGGUCCCCAGCUCCAAAGAGGUGCUGGACAGGGAGCUGCCGGUGCUGGAGCCCUACUUCGUCCAGAACCCCCAGCAGGUGGGCCAGACUGGCUCUGGGAUGAGAGUCACCUGGCUGGGCCACGCCACCGUUUUAGUGGAGAUGGAUGACUUGGUGGUGCUGACCGACCCCGUGUUCAGCCAGAGGGCGUCGCCGCUGCAGUUCGUGGGGCCCAAGCGCUUCCGGGACCCAGCCUGCACGGUGGCCCAGCUGCCCAGGAUCCACGCGGUGCUCAUCAGCCACACGCACUAUGACCACCUGGACGCCGGCUCGGUGGCCAGCCUGAACGAGCGCUUCGGUGGGGACCUGCGCUGGUUCGUGCCCCUCGGCCUGCUGGACUGGAUGCAGAAGUGCGGCUGCGAGAACGUCAUCGAGCUGGACUGGUGGGAGGAGAACUGCGUGCCGGGCCACGACGAGGUCACGUUUGUCUGCACCCCGUCCCAGCACUGGUGCAAGCGCACCCCGCUGGACGAUAACAAGGCGCUUUGGGGCAGCUGGUCUGUCCUGGGACCCUGCAACCGCUUCUUCUUCGCGGGGGACACUGGCUACUGCUCCGUCUUCGAGGAGAUUGGGAAACGAUUCGGGCCCUUUGACCUGGCCGCCAUUCCCAUUGGGGCAUACCUACCCAGGAAUGUGAUGCAGUCGCAGCACGUGGACCCAGAGGAAGCGGUGCGCAUUCACAUUGACAUUCAGGCCAAACACUCCGUGGCAAUACACUGGGGGACUUUUGCUCUGGCUUAUGAGUAUUACUUGGAACCCCCAAUGAAACUGAAGGAAGCAAUGGAGAGGUAUGGGCUCAGUCAAGAGAAGUUCUUUGUGUUGAAGCAUGGAGAAUCCAGAGUGCUGAAUUCUGAAGAGGUGUUUGAAUGAAUGGACCCAAAGCCGCAUUUGUUCUCCCUGGUUGGAGUUGGAAUUGAGGAGUGUGAUUCUGGGCACUUUAUUACUGAAUACGGUACUAAUUAUCAGGACGAAUCCGGAGCAGCCGUACAAAGUGGCAGGAAAUGGAAUUUCCAUUACAAUGCGUUUAAUUUUGCAGUGAACAGUUGUCUCAAACAAAAUUAUGCCUAAAUCUAUCCCUUCCUUCUCAGUGCUAAUUUUAAAUGGCAGUCGCUUACCUAUGUAAGGAAAAAUAAUAUUUUAUUUACUACAUACACUACGUAACCACAACGCGAUGUUGAUGCCUGAAAACAAUGGUAGGUUAUUUUAAAUAUCUUUUCUAAAGCUAAUGUUUUUGAUUAAUGGUUGUAUACGGAUACCGAUUUACAGAAUUGUAGUACUUCUGAAUCCCUCUUUUAGAAUAUGGGAGUUCAUCGUGAAUUUUUAUUAUGGUUAAGAAUGUUGGCGAUCUUACUUCCUUAUGUUUAAGGUCAAGAGUUUUUCCACAACUUGUUUUUCUUGAGGUUUAAUUCUCAUUUUAUUGAAUUUAAUCAGAUCCAAAUGAGCCACAAUAUAGGUUCAUAACUUUAGAGGUUCAGCUCGUCUGCACAGCUGUAACCUAGUAGGUUACAAUGGAGGGUUAUUAUUUAUUAAUAAUUGGUAGUAUUAAGACUGAAGUGUCUGUUCAAACAUGUCAUUGCUUUUCCGUCCUUGGAAACUCGUUGCAUGUAAUGCUCCGACAUUGGCUGAUGAAACGCUCAAGAUAAGACAGGCUUCUUCUGCAUCUUUCACAUGUCAACAGUGAUAUUUGAGAUUUCACUGAUCAAGCGGGACAUUCAAUUUGCUUUUAAAGGUUUUUGGCUUUUUUUUUUUUUUUUUUUUUUAGAAAUUUCUUAAACUGAGAGAAUUCACAAAUUAAACAAUACACCAUCAACACUGGCACUGCAAUGUUUAAAAUAUCCUGAACAUCAAAAAUUUCAUAUUAUAUGAAUAACUAGAAUAUCUCAAUUCGGUCUUGCCAUGGCAUUUUAAAUGCCUCUGAUCACAAAGUUCUUACAGUAUUUUGCAAUGGCUAUUAUUAUCCGCAACUGUUUUUGAGUUAAAGGUUUGCUAAAAUAUCAUUUUCAUUUUAAUAUGUGUUCCUUCUGGGUAAUGUAUGUUUUCUCCAGUUCAAUGCAGUUUGCAUAUCUGAAGGGCCUGUCCAUUCUUAGGUUACCCUUCCACCGCUAAAAUGUUAGCUUGUAACAGAAUCAUUAUCAGUCUCAGUAACGGGACAGCUAAUUAGCAUACAUCAGGGAUACUCAAAUCUGGCCCUCGCAGCCAGCAGUACCGCUGCGUUUCUUUUUUUUUUACCUGAUGGUUCAUUGAACGAUUAAUGCCAUUGAUUGGGCAGAGAUUUAACACACCUGAUAUCCCAGGCUUGACUCAGUCCUGAUUAGAGAGGACAAAUGAAAACCAGCAGUACUUCUGAGGGCCAGGUGUGAGCCUCCCUGGCCUAAAUGAUGGAGAAUUUAAGACGACUGGUGGACACUGCAGAAUGCAUCUUGAAAAGAAUUUUGGAAAAAACUCAUUACCCUUCUGAUGUUGUUUUGAUUGACAGGGUGAUUGAUUCUCACAACGCUUGACAUUACAUUCAUAAUAACGAAGGUAAUAACAAUAUUUAAAUCUUCAGUGCAGAUUGCUGUUCAUUUGUGCUUCAGUAUAUUUAAAUUGGGUCAUGUCUCAGUAUUCAGUAUGGUUGUGAAUGCAGACAAGUGAAUGUAUGCAUUUGGUUCUUUGAAGAUGCCCCACAUUUUACAGUGCAUUGGAUGAUAAAUAUUGUUUAAGCAAAAGGUAAUUUUGCUGUAUGUACUAAAACUUGUUGCCCCACACCCUUUUAUUACCAGUUUUGGCUUCCAUUUAAUGUCCAGACUGCAAACGGUGUAUGAUGUGUACAGUUUGUGUAAAUAUAAUGGUACUCUGCUAUGUACGUAGUACACAGCCCAAGCUUUUUUACUUGCUAAGCCAUCUUUGAUUUUAUAAAUAAAAAAAAUGUAAUUUGAAUAAAAUCAUUCAAAAUGUG